AUGGCCGAGCCAUCUCAACAUAUCGAUCCUCGCCGCGAGCGGAAGCGACUGCGGGAUCGGCGCGCCAAACAAGCCGCCCGUCAGCGACUGCUGGACGAGACAAUCGCGCUCCAAGCGUCGAUCGCGAGCCUCACCGCGACGCUUGUUACGAAAAAGGCGGCGGCGCCUAAAGACUGUCUCCUAUCAUGGCAGGAGGUGGCUACCUCGCUCCACGCUGCGACCACCAAGAGCUACAAACGAAUGCACGAGCUCCGAAGUCGCUUGGCCGAGCACCAUCGACUCGCGCAAGCCUUGUACGCAUGGGUCGCGUCUUUGCACCGCGCACCCGCGCGGUCACCGGCGCUGGCGGCGUGGCGCGACAUUCAGUUGCCACGGCAUCCUGAUGUGCGCCGUGCAGGGUAUCUCUGGCUCGCCGAAUACAUGCUCAAGGCGACCGACGAUCAAGUUGUGGAUGCGUUGUUUCCAGCGCCGCCCGAGGAACUCGUGUCGGCCAAGUGGAGCCUUAUCGGGGGCCGCGUGCUGUCGCAGUUUGUACUAGAUGGGUCGCUUGCCGAAGUGGCAACCGCCGCAUGGUCCUUUAGCCAAGCGCUACCCACCAUCUUGCAUGCCACCCACGGCUGCGUCCACAAUGUGUUUCAUGUGCAAGAAGCCAAGCGCGAAAUUUGCUACAACCACGAAGCGUUUCCGGCGGUCCAAAGCAACGGGCUCUACACGUGCUUUCUCGAGUCGGAGCGCGUCGUGAUGCACUAUCGGACGGUGCGCGACGAUGCCCUCUACCCAGUGGACGCAAAUACGAGCUUUGCCUAUGACGUGCAAGAAUGGUAUUGGCGUGCUGCUGACAGUUUGUUCAAGAGGAAGUGCCGUCGGAACGUUCUUCGCGCCAUCUCAUCGACGCAGUGCGUGCUCCGCGCCGUCGAUGUCUACCAACCGUACGCUUCGUACGAUUCGAUGGAAAGUUAUGCGCGGGUCGUCUGCCCCGACGUUCUCUCCUCUGUGCAAGGCGCCAACGACGUGGAGGCAGCGCUUACGCGUCGCUUGGAGCAAAUGGCAAUCCGUCGUAUGGCCAAUAUGAAGACUCGCCUGCAAAAGGUGCUGCGGCUGGUCCAAACCGACCCCACGAACUUUCCGAGAGGGAUGAAACCGCUGUAA